AUGACGACCACAAAGUGUUCCGUAAGUUUAGAUUUCGACGGCACCAUAUUCUCGACCUCACACAGGAGAUUUCCGCUGAAAUAGAACUUUCGAACCGAGGAUUCGCCCUCACUCCACUACAACAAGUCCUCGUAACCUUACGGUACUACGCCACUUCUUCUUUCCAAGACGUGUGUGGGGAGUUGGUAGGAGUGGAUCAGUCGACAGUCAGUCGAACCGUCACUCGAGUGACUGAUGCAUUCUUCAGACAAGCCAGGCAACAUACAGUACAGGCCAAAAGUUUGGACACACCUUCUCAUUCAAUGCAUUGUCUUUGUUUUCAUUACUAUUUAAAUUGUAGAUUCUCAAAACUAUGAAUGAACACAUGUGGAAUCAUGCGCUUAAGAAAAAAAGUGUGAAAUAACUGAAAACAUGUUUUAUAUUUUAGAUUUCUCAAAGUAGCCGCCCUUUGCUUUUUUGAUAGCGCUGCAAACUUUUGCUGUUCUCUCAAUGAGCUUCAUGAGGUAGUCACCUGAAAUGGUUUUUACUUCACAGGAGUGCCUGAAGUAACCCUGACAAGGUACUUCUGUCAUCAAGAGCAAAGGGUGGCUAUUUUAAAGAAACUAGAAUAUAAAACAUGUUUUCGGUUAUUUCACACUUUUUUUUAUAAGUACAAAAUUCUACAUGUGUUCAUUCAUAGUUUUGAUGCCUUCAGUGAUAAUCUACAAUGUAAAUAGUCAUAUAAAAAAUAAAGAAAAGACAUUGAAUGAGAAGGUGUGUCCAAACUUCUGGCCUGUACUGUAUAUAUUUCCCGGAUCAAGCCAGGGCGAACCGAACCAAGCGACAGUUUUACCAAAGCUACGGGUUCCCCAACACAGUUGGAUGUAUAGAUGGCACACAGGUGCGAAUCCAGCGACCACGGCAGCAGGAACAUGAAUUUGUGAAUCGCAAAGGCUAUCACUCCAUAAAUGUACAGGUAGGACUCCCUUUCACUUCAAUAGCUCCCAAUGUGUGUGUGUGUGUGUGUGUGUGUGUGUGUGUGUGUGUGUGUGGGGGGGGGGGGGGGGUUGUGUAGGGGGAGGUUGUGGGGGUGUGUGGGGGGUGCGUGUGUGUGUGUGGGGUGUAGUAACUGGACCGAGAGUGUGAGUAUGAUGUUCAUUGAUUCACUUUUUCUUUUAUCAGGUCAUCUGUGAUGCUGAUCUCAUCUUCAUCAACUGUGUGGCCAAGUGGCCGGGGAGUGUCCAUGAUGCGAGGAUGCUGCGUGAAUGUUCACUGUUCCAAGCGUUUGAAAACAAUGCCAGAAAACCCGUGAAUGGUGUUAUCCUUGGCGACAGUGGGUAUAUGCAGCGUGACUGGUUGUUUACGCCUCUUUCAAAUCCUACAACAAGUGCUGAAAAGAACGACAACGCCAGACACAUGUCUGCUCGCUCUACUGUUGAAAGGAGCAUCGGCGUAUUGAAACGACGCUGGCAUGGCCUUCGACGUCUUCGCCUGGCCCCACACAAGGCAUGCAAGGUGAUUGUUGUGUGCAUCAUGCUCAACAACAGAGCAAGACGACUGAACUUGGAUGUACCCUCAGAUUCUGACAGUAGUGACUCAAGUUCCAGUGAAGACGACAGCGAUUCAGAUAACGAGGCUGAACAACAACGACCCGUCCAGAGACAGAUGACAGAGCGAGCCCGAGUCGCUGCCGGCAAAGUCGCCAGACAACGCUUCAUCAACAACAACUUCUAGAUAUCAACAGGUGAGUCUGUCAUGUACCACACUCAGUGUAAUGCCACACAGGUAAGUCUUCACCUUGUGACUGCCUCAUCCAUUGACAAAUACACACGAAACAUCUACUGCGUUCAGACAAUUUAUUUAAAGAACAAAGUGCAAAAUAAACACACAUCACCUUGGGUAAUUGUAACGGGUAUUGACUGGACCCAAUUGCAGCACAAACAAGCAGGUUCACUUUAACAACAGUCUUUAUUUAACACCAAAUCCAAUGAAGCAGCAGAGUAUAGCAGGUGGGUAUGGCAGGAUUCGAACUCGGGUCUUCCGGGUGAUAGGCGAGCAGAUUAGCAGUGGACCACAGGUCAGGCAAGAGUUUUGAACUCGUGAGCAGGGAAUUGUCCACAGUCUUAAUUUGCUCUACGAGUGUAGUGAAGGGGAAAACGCUCAACUCACAGCUGGAGGAAGAUUUCUUGGAGAGUGGUUCAGGUGAGGACUGGGUGAGGAUCCAGAGCUUGCAGAGGAGCUGGCAGAACCAACGUCGGCAGAGGAGGUGAGUUGGCGAGGUGAAGCUGACGAGAAGGGGGAUCUCAACAGAGCAGGAACAGGCUGAGUGACAUUCAGCUGCAGGCAGACGAAUAGCAGGAACCAGGCAGGCAAAGCUCGUAGUCCAGGACAGAAGGCAGGUAGGUUUACCGGGGCUGAGGCGAGAAGCAAAGGUCAGGGGCAGAUCAGGUCGAUACCAGGUAAGCAGUCCGAGGAUAAACGCUGGAGAGUCAGGCAUGAGAGCGAAGACAAUCUGGCAAAGAGUGAGGGGAAAGAAGCUGCAUAUAUACUGGCCUGAUUGGAGAUGAUGAGCAGGUGAGAGCAGCAGGUGGAAGCAGUUAGCUGAUGAGGGGUGUGGCUGAGCAGCAGAGCAGGAGAGGGCAGAGCAGACUGUUACAGAACCCCCAGUUUCCCGUUUGAGCUAUAUCCAAAUUGUAGCAUCAAAAUGAAUGUUCAUAAUGAGUGUAUUUCACUAGACCUAUCUCUGGACUAGAAGCGAUAGAAUAACUAGAAACGAAAGAAUUUAAGGGUGAUAAGCUAAACAGAGCAAAAGAAACAUUAGAAAUGAGUGUACAUGUCAAUGACAAGGACUGAUACACCAUUCAAUUCUAUUUCUGCUUCAGUUUCUCAAUUUCCAAGCGUGUUUUGAUUUUUUUCAACUCAAGCAGUUCCUGCUUGAGUCUGUUUGUUUCAAUCUCACUUCUCAGAUACUGAUUCAUCAAUUCUUGAUGAUUAUCCGUGUCACUACUCUUAGUGUUAGAAGUACGCGGUGUCUUCUGCAUUUUCAUCACAUCAUGUUUCUUCUUCUUCUUCUCCUCCUCUACAAUGACAGGCCGAGGGACUGGCACUCCACUGAGUUUCUCAAGUGACACGUCGCCGUUGUCUUGCUGCACCACCAGGAAAAGGGGUUCUCCAUCCGAACUCUCCACUUGAACGAACGACUCAUUAUCUGUAAUGAUAGUUUGACCAUUUUACUGGGGUGAUAUAAAAUGACUCACAUUACUGUGUGUGUAUUAAGGGUGUGGAAAAUAAUCUAAAUUAAUCGAUGCAUCGAUGCGCAUGUGCGCGAUGCGACUGCGUCGGCUCAUUCACUGGGUAUCGAUGCAAUUGAUGGGUUAAAUCUAGAUUCAUUUAGAUGCGUUGGUGGGUAUCUGUAAAAUCCGAUGCAAGCGCCGUUUUAUUCAUGUUAAACUUCACCCAAUCUGCUGUUCCCCAGGCACAUUGAAUGCACCAUCAUUAUUUCACGUUUUGUAUUGAAUAUGGACGGAAGUUGUGAGGGACAUACAAUGCACUACUAGUAAAACAGCAUGGACCACAUUCAAGUGAGCAGCAGCGAGGAAGAGUUUAUAUGUAAUGCACCCGCUACGUUUAAAUCAUAUGUUUGGAAACACUACGGAUUUGCAAAGAAAGACGGAAAGCUCGACAAAACGUCCGUCAUUUGCAAAGAAUGCCGCGUUAAGAAGCCGUACAACGGCAGCACGACAAACAUGCAGACCCACUUAAAAAGAGUACACCACAUCACCGACAAGUCUAACGCCACCUCCCCUCCCUUAACAUUGAUUGCACUGUUGAAAGUGUCACUUUAGGUUACUCAUUGAGAGUGUUUUGUUGUUGCUGUUUACUGUACUUUUUACAAUAGUAAUUAUUGUGUAAUUGUUUUACUCUUUUAUUAUUGCAGAACUCACUCAAAUCACUGAUUUUCAGUGGCCAGUUAGAAAGUCAACUCUAGCACAUUGGUUUGGCAGACAGUAGUAUGGCCAUUGAAUGGUUUAUUUGCGCCAUGUUAGGCAGUGCAUUAGUUGUUUAAUAAUGUGUACUGUAAUAUUACCCAACAAGUAUAGAACACUUGUGUGAUGUAGGGUUAGGAUUGGAAUCCUUUUUUUUUUUAAUUUUUAUUUUAUUGAUUCAGAUUCCUUAACAGUUGCAGGAGGUCUGUCUAAUCUGUGUAACUGUACAAAAUGGAACCCAAAGGAGCAUAGAAAAAAGACAAAAAGCACUUUUGUUGAAUUUACUGCCAAGUGCCUUUAAGGAAUCUCGCCCAAGCUUCUUUUUGCACCUCCCUCGUGAUGGUUGCGUUGUGGCUGCUGAAUAACGUUACAUGCUCAAGUUGUAUUUCUUCAAGAAGUACUCGGACUUCUUCGUCGCUGAAAUUUGACUUCCGUGCACGUUUAGCCGGCUUAUCCAUGGUUGAAAAUGGCCGUUCUCAACCGAAAGUACACAACACUAAAAACAGACCGGUUGACCCAAUUCUAUAAACAUCUUUAGCGUUUAAGACACGGUAAACGCGGUUAGCUAUACGUUUCCGUUUACAGCAUUGUGCAUACCAAAAUGGUAUAGGAACUAAACGCGUUUAAGGCCCGUAUAACUAAACGCGUUUAAGCUCUAAUCGCGUUUACGCUAAACGCUUUCAACGUGCAUACGGCCCUGGAUGGCCUGCAAUGGUUUUCAGGCCUCUCCAGACUCCCUUGGUGUUGUUCUAAUUCAGCUGUUCCUCCAUCCUCUUCCUGUAGCUGUACUUCUCCUCCCUGAUUUUCCUCCUCAGCUCCCUCUUAACAGUCAUCAGCUCCUCUUUAUUCCUUGACUUAAAACCUCUAGACCCUCUUCUUCUCCUUUAAAAGAGCCCUAAUGUCAGGAGUAAUCUAGGGUUUGUUGUUAGAGAAGUACCGUACAGUUCUGGUGGGUACAAUAUUCUCCACACAGAAGUUUAUGUACUCAGUGUUUCAAAGCAGUCCUUUAGAGCCUCUACAGCCACCUCUUUACCGUGCAGGACACAGCUGGUUGCCUGUUCACAAAAGGGCUUGUAAACAGGCAGGAGAUGGACCAGGUUGUGAUCAGCUUUUCCCAGAGGGGGAAGGAGUGAUGAGUUAUAUGCCUCCUUGGUGUUGGCAUAGAGUAAGUCCAGUGUUUAUUGUAUCUGGUGACACGUGACAUAGUUGAUGAAUUUUGGCAGAGUGGAGGACAGAGAGGCAUGAUUAAAGUCCCCAGAGAUCAGUAAGAGGGCUUGAGGGCUCUGAGUCUGCAGCCUGUUGAUCACGGUAUUGAUGAUGUCACAGGCUGCAUCAGUGUUAACAGAGGGAGGAAUAUACAGCGGAUAUAAAAAGUCU